GGUCUGACCCGGCCGCCCAGUUCCCCCAGCGGAUGCCGCUGGCCAAGGAAGAGGAGGAGCUCCUCCAGGUGCGUUGCGUUGCCCGUUUCCGGACUCGAUUUUUCUUCUUUUGCCCCUCGUUAUGUUAUGCCUAGUCCUAAGAGCAAUCUGGCAGUGGAUCGAGACUCAAGUGCCCCAUAGCCUGCCCGAGUUCCGACACGUCCUCGGCUCCUGGAGACCCGAUUUCCUGGUCGGAGAUGUUGUUCAAGGAGGACCGUAUCCAUCGGGCGAGAUCUUCUGUCUCACCGAGAUCAACGCUCGCUUUAGCUUCAAUGGUUUCAUGCACGAGGCGUAUGGGCGACAGGCCCUUGUAAACCUCGGCGUGGAGAAGCGAGGAUUGCGCUCCGAGACCAGUUCGCCUAAGAUCCUCGAUGGGCUGUGCAGCCUGUUUCGCCUCGACCGCCCCUUGCACCUGUUGAAAGGCGAGGAGGCGGGAAUCGACAUCCACAUGUUUGUUGAUUUCCUCGAGCGCCGCUCUGGUCUGAGGCCGCGCAUCAUCGCGCCCAAGGACCUCCGCCUGGUGCCCGACGACGGGGCUCUCGAGGGUUACAAGCUAUGCUGUCUGGCCCCGUCGUCAUCGUCUCCUCCUUCCGCCUCCACCCGCCUGCUCUCCUUCGGCGGGGAGACGCUGGAGGAGAUACACCAGGUUGGCCUGGAGCUGCACCAGCGCGAGCUCUUCGCACUGCCCCGAGACGUGCUGCGCGCCGUCGCCCUCCGGUGCUUCAACGACCUCCGGGCCGUUCUGCUCGUCCAUGACAAGCGGAUGCUCGGCCUCGUGCGGGAGGAGCUCGACUCGCUGGUCGCCCGGUCCGUGCUGAGCGAGACGCAGGCCGACGCCCUCCGUCACGGCAUCGCCGAGACGCUGCUCCCGGGCUCGCCAGCGAUCCGGGAGCUGCUUCGGCGCUGCGCCGAGUCUCCGGACCUGAGGCGCGAAUACCUCCUCAAGCCAAUCCGGGGCGGCAAGGGGGCGGGCAUCAUAUUCGGGGAUGAGCUGAGCGCUUCCGAGUGGAUGGCUCAUCUGCAGCAGCUCGAGAACGCCGCUCAGCUCGUCCCCGGCCGUCCCACCUGGAUCGCACAGCGGCUGGUGAAGCAGCGUUCGUACGAUGUCGUGCUCGGGUCGCCCGCCAAGUCCGCCCGUCAACCCUUGGUCGGAACGUACCACGUCGUCCAUGGUGAGCUCCUCGGUUUUGGGACAUGGAGAGCCGGACCGGGCCGCAUCUGCGCUGUGAGCAAUGGGGCCGCGUGGAUCUGCUCUGUCGUGCAGGAGGAUGCAAGCGACAGCGAAUCUUCGUCAGAAUGGCCGACCAACACCCAAAUCUAGUUUCCUUUUCUCUUUUUUUUCCUUUUUUGGGUUAAUUCACCAGUAUAAGGUAAUUUACCGUAAUACCAAAAA